AACUCAUUUGAUUUGGGCUAAACUAGUGUGCGGUUGACUUCAUAUUUUGAUCGUUAUAUUUCGCUCGUUUCUUUGAAUCAAAUAACGGCAAAGAAAAUUGGAAACUGACUAACAAGAUGAUGAAACUCCUGAUUUUGCUGAUAGCUUUGAGCAGUUGGCUCACUUUGGGCUUGCCUUCAAAUGGUAUGAUUCAGCAAGAUUCCAGCAAGAAGGGUGAUGAGGAUAUUCUCAAUCACUCCAUCUGUAGCCAUCUCAGAGAAAAAGAUAUGUGCAAGAGAAGCCAUCACGUUAAGAAAAAACUGUGUAAAGCCACAUGCGGUUGUGAUGACAUGAUCUCACAGAAAUCGUGUAUCGUCCUGAAAAGAUYCARUGAAUGCUCCAAAAACUUGGCAAUGCGCAUGCGUUAUUGCAAGUCGACAUGUGGAUUGUGUUCGUGUCAAUCGGAAAGACCACUUGGGAUGCAGAGUAGAGCCAUUCCUGAUUCGAGUAUCACCGCGUCAUCGUAUUAUAACUCACAACAUCCCCCAUCACAAGGACGACUUCACAUUAGGAAAUCCCGUGGUAAGUAUGGAGCAUGGUGUGCAAGAAGAAGCCGAGCAGGAGAAUGGCUCCGAAUUGACUUGGGCAAGGUUAC